UCGCAGCAUCUAGCUAGCUAGACUUGUAGAGCGGCAAGUGGGCUCUUCUGUAACACGAUAAACCUGUUGAGGACAGAGUAGGCUCAAGUGCAGGGAGCUCAGUAGAGCCAAUGGGAGCAAGUGCAGCUACGGUUAAUGCUACCUGCAAGCUGGUGAAGAAUGAGACCACUGCUACUCUUGGGUAUAGUUAUGUCGGUGCGUUAUUGGAAAGUCCAAGUGUCCACAUGGAGGUACUUGUAUUACUCACUCCUAUGGCCUACCUAGUUGUUGCCACCUUAGGGUCCCAGCGUCGCCGUUCCACAAGUUGGUUCAUCCAGAAAGGUCUCUUUGUCGCGCACACCUUGUCCUUCCCACUGGGAGCAUACACACUAGGCUCAAUGCAAUCUCACUCCGCGGCGAAGAGCUGCAUGUACUCCCUUUGGGCUGGAAGUCUCUUCAUCCUUCAUGCUUGUACCGAUACAAGCUAUAAACUCGAUGACAUCAAACAAGUAACAAGGUCCCAAUACCGCUAUUUGCUUUACUAUGCAAAUGGGUAUUUGCUUUUGAGAACCUUACUUGCGGCUGGGAAUUCUUCCUUGUAUUUCCUAGUUACCCCUUUGUACAUCAUUGCUAUGUUAAAACUAGACUUCCUAAAAGCACCAUGUGUGCUGUCAAGCAGCUCAUGGAACUUGAAUAAGAUGGUUGCUGAUUACAUGUAUAACGAGCACACCAGGGGCAAAUUUGUCCCAGCCACCAUGGAAGGUUGUCAUUACCUGGUCGACUGGCCCCUCAACAAAUCUAAGUUGGAUGCUCCAUCAUAUGCAGCACAACUUACAGGGAAUGUUGAUCAUGUCAUUGACAUAGAGAAGAUAUGGCUGUGCAGUAACCUGUCACUGGACCAAGAGCUAAAGGAUACAUGCCUCUCCUUCUCUCUUUUUCACCUGUUGAGGAGGCGCUUCUUUGGGUUUACCUGUGGCGAAUCCAAGGAAAGGGCACAUGAUUUCGUUUUCAAGGGGUUGCUAUUGGAGAAUGAGAAAGGUGUCACGGACUGCAAUCGGGUUUUCAGGGUGAUUGAGACUGAGUUAGCUUUUAUGUAUGAUUUCUUCUUCACCAAGUCUGCUGUCAUUUAUUAUGGAUCAAGUGUGGCGAUGAUUACGUGCUUGCUUUCAGUCAUAUUCCUAUCUCUUAUAAUACUGUGGACAGUCAGGUCACAAGAAGGCAAGGAGAUGACUGAUUCUGAUACUGUUAUCAGCUUAUUUGUACUUGCAUCCGCUGCUUCUCUUGAAUUGCUACAACUGCUACUUUACUGGACUAGCAUUUGGAGCAGAGUAUCCUUUGUUUGUGGGUAUGUCAGAGAACAAGCAAGAUGGAACACAUGGGGAGGUUGCUGGUGCUGUAUGACUAUAAGAUUGAAUGGGUUUUUUGCCAAAAUUGGUGUACACUGUGCACCAAACAAACACUACUGGCAGCACAAGCUUGGGCAGUACUCAUUGCUUGAUUUCAAGCCUAAAUGGAAGUUGACUGGCUAUUUUGACGCCCCUCCCACUCCCGGACACCGGUGUGGCAUCUUCCAACAAACAAACAUGUAUUUGUUUGAUAAAAAACAAACAAACACGUACGUGCGGAGGGUCCGUGGGAAACAUGGAAAAUCUAUCGAGGUACCUGCACAAGUAAAGAAGGCACUUAUUUAUUCCCUGAAGCGUACUAAUGGUGUACUGACGAACGGGAAAUCAUCACUAGUCUCCAAUGAAGCAGGACACCUUUCAUGGGCUUGUGCACGGGACUUGCACUCGGCGUCAGACACAAGCUCCAUCAUCAUGACUUGGCACAUUGCAACCUGGUACUGUGAGAUGGGAACAACUAGGUAUGGCUCUUCCUACCUAGACGAGGGAGCACAACUGAAGACCCAUCUUGGUGUCGCCACAAAACUGUCAAAAUACUGUGCAUACUUGGUGGUCCACGUACCAAAGCUUCUUCCUGGGCACCACUACGAUACAAGCCGUGUGUUCGAUGCCGUCGCGGUAGAAGCCAACAAGUUUCUGCUGCCAUCUAUGAGGAGGAGGGCUAAGUACGAGGCGCUGAGGAACUACGGGCUAGAAGAAUCAGAGGCUAGCAUCUUCCAGAGCGGUGCCAAGCUGGGCAAGCAGCUCGAGGAGAUACAAGAUGUUACCAGGCGCUGGAAGGUCAUAGCUGAUUUCUGGUCCGAGAUAUUGCUCUACAUCGCACCAUCUGAUGAUGUCAACGAGCACAUCGAUCAGCUCACGCGGGGCGGCGAGCUCAUCACCCACCUGUGGGCUUUGCUCUCCCAUGCUGGAAUUCUGCAGAGAGAUCAACCGAGUACUCCUCCUAGCCGCCAUCGUCCACGUGCGGAAAGUACUCGUUCCAGUCAGCAGGAAAUUUUUGAGCAAGCUGCAGCAAGAUAUGAAGGAGCUACCACUACCCUGGCUGAUCAUUUAGCAACUACAUCCCCUGCUCGACAUUUGGCAGACAAUCCGCAAAUGAGUGGCGCUACCCUGCAACAUGUUCUUAAAGCUGAUAGACUGCCACAGGCACCUAUGCUGCCGGAUAUCGCUAAAUCAAAUGAUUGCCAUAUUGAUGUUCCUGAAGAUUCUAUCCACACGCGGGAAAGCCCUCCCUGA